GUAGACUGUUGCAGUGAGUAGACCGUCGUAAUAGUAAUAUUGCGUGAAUUUCACUGUUUUCUUUAUAUUUGAUGAUUGUACUGACAUAAAAGACUAGAUUCUGUUUUACCAGGCUGACAGGAAAGUAUGGGCAACGCGCUGAAGAAGGCAGACUACAUAGUGAAGGUUAAAACUGGAAACCUGGUUGGUUCUGGUACUGAUGCAGAUGUUCAUAUCAUUCUCUACAACGAAUCUGGACAAGCGUCGAAAUCAAUCGAGCUAGACAGUAGCAGUAAUGAUUUCGAGCACAAUCAUACCAGCACUCUCGAAGUGUAUGAUUUGCCGAAUUUCGGUGGAAUAGCUACGAUAGAAAUAUGGCGAGAUUCUUGGCUGGGUAACCAUUGGUAUGUCGAUUACGUCGAUGUUGAAGACGUGGUACAAAAGAGGGUGUACCCAUUCCCGAUUCAACGAUGGAUCACAAGACGUCAUCUAAAAAUCGACAAGUAUGAUAGUAGUCUGCCACAAUUUGCAGGACACCCUGAGCAGAGACGAAACGAACUUGACCGUGAACUGAAUAAGUACCAGUUUGUAGUUGUAAACGAAGGUUUGCCGCCAUCGGCGGCGAAAAUACCGCGGGCAGAACAAUUCUCCUUUCAGUAUAAGUCGACUGCUCUAGCUUUCAAUGUGAUAAGCAAACUCACUGCGUUCUUGAACGGUAUAGUCUCUUCAGAAUGGAAAGCCUUGGAAGACGUGCAUAAUAUAUUCGGUGAUCAUUUACAAAGACCUUUGAAUUUGGAGUUUUGGAAUCAAGAUUGGUUUUUCGGGGCACAAAGACUCAUGGGCUGCAAUCCGAAUCAAAUUCGGCUGUGUACCGGAAUCCCAGAAAACUUCGGUGUAACGAAUGAUAUGAUUGGUCACUUGCUGGAUAACAUGUCAUUGGAUGAAGCAAUAUCAAAUAAACGUUUAUUUAUCGUUGACCACAAAAUAUUGGAUGGAAUCACAACCCUGGAUCCUGAAUGUGUAUUAUGUGCUCCAAUUGGUCUGUUCUUUAUGAAUAAGGAAGAUGAGUUGAUGCCGGUAGCAAUUCAGCUCUUCCAGCGGAAAAGCGAUGAUAACCCUGUUUUUCUACCGACUAAUGCGCCAUACACCUGGAUGCUGGCAAAGAUGUAUUUCAAUAAUGCUGAUGCCUGUAUUCAUGAGUGCGCCUCACAACUUCUUUUUACCCACUUGGUCCUGGAGUGUUUCUGUGUGGCAAGUCAUAGACGGUUAUCGGCUUCUCAUCCCAUAUUUCGACUCCUAGAGCCGCAUUAUCAAUUCAUGAUAACAACAACCCACCUUGCUACGUCUGUUCUUUUGGACCCAGGAAGUCUAUUAGAUAACCUAAUGACAGGUGGUAGAAAGGUUGCCAUGGAAAUACUACUUCGUUCAUGGAAGGAGUGGCGGUUCGAUGUAAAUGGCACAUUGCCAAAAGACAUGGAAGCACGAGGCGUUGAGAACCAAGAAGUGAUAUUUAACUAUCCUUAUCGCGAUGACGCAAUGUUAAUAUAUACUGCUAUCAAGGCAUAUGUUACUACGAUUGUACAGGGACAUUACGAUGAACCUGAAAAACUGACAAAUGACUGGGAAAUACAAGACUGGAUAAAAGAAUUAGUUACACCAGCUCCUCUGGGAUUUGGUAUAAAGGGUAUUCCAAUUACUGGUGACCAAUUUACGAACACCAAUGAAGUCAUAGAAGUCAUCACAACUACUAUAUUUAUCUGUAGUGUGGGACAUGCUGCUGUCAAUUUCAACCAGUAUGAUGAAUAUGCCUCUCCUUUAAGAUAUCCUCUGUUUCUCCGCGGACAACCACCUAAAUCGGCACAGAUCGAGCUGACGGAAUCCGAUAUCUUACAACAUUUACCGUCGAAAUAUAUUGCGUUGGAGACAGCGGUGUUGUCGCAGACGCUGAGCACUCACGGUACAACAUCUCUGGGUUAUUUUAGUGAAUUAUUCCAGGCAGAUCCAAUCAGUAUUCCUGCAUUACAAAAAUUCAGACAGACUUUGAAGGAAAUAGAAAAGACUAUAGACAUUAAAAAUGAAGAACGAAAAGCAAAGUACCCAUAUCUUCAUCCAACAAAACUACCAAAUGGAAUACCUAUUUAACACCCUAAUAUGCUGCAUUGAUAUCUAUAUAUACCAAUAUAUUGCAGUUAGUUAGUUACCUUAUCUUAAACCUGAACUUUAUUCAUUAAAUGCAUGUAGUCGAUUUGAGAUUCGUGUUAGCAAUGUUUUUGUCAUUGGAUAGUAACAUUUACAUAUAAUUUACAUAAUAAUGAUCAGUUGGUGAUCUCCCAUGAAUAUAUGAAUUAGAUUACCAGCAUAAACGAGUGUGC